GUUUUCAUCAGACGUUUCCUUACCAUACAAAUCAUAAACGAAAGUGGUGCAUGAUAUAACGAGUAGAUGUUUUCAUUAUAAAGAAUUUCUAUUAAGUAAACUCUAUACUGAGAUGACAUGUUUCCAUAAUCUUGUUCGGCAAGUGUUUUGAAAUGAAACCUCAGCUGCCUGAUUCUAAAAAGGCCCGGAUAUAGGUAUUACUUCCGGUUUACAUUGAUGACAAAAUCCUCGGAGAUUAAUGGCCGAGGUUUAGUACACCAGAAGUUAUCAAACCGCUUAUAAAGAAGACUUUAAAGAAGCAGAAAUUUCACACAGGGAGCUUGAAAAGAACUCCAGAAGGAAGUAAUUGUGGGAAAACCAGCAGUCUCCAGCAAAAGCUUGGUACAAAGAGAUUUAUUUUAGUUCUGCCCCAGAUUGCUAGAUUAGCAUGAAGUUAAGAAUGACUUACACACAGUCUGUCAUGGGGUGAAUGCACUCUUUUUUUUUGCAAAUGGAAUCUAGGACAUGAUAUAUGCAGAUGGAUUAAUCUGAUAUGGAGAAUUGAUCAAUUACAUAAAUUGAAAUAUAAAGCUGGUACUAGUACUGUUCUCCCACUCCUCAUUCCCUCUGCUUUGUGAAAGGAGAAAGAUGGAGAGAUUAAAAACUAGAUGAUUUGUGACCAUAUCAAUCUGAUGUCAGUUUUGAUAUUGAGGAGUUGUUGUUGUUGUUGUUAUUAUGCCUGGAAAACCACGACUCAGUAGUACUUCUAGUCUCCUGUGUCUCACCACUCUGCCAAGAAUAUGCCCAGUGAAAAAAUUCAAACUCACCAGACUGAUCCUUGGAGGAUCUCUGCUGCUGGGUGCAGUACUCCUCUGGUUGUCUUACAACGCCCCCUUCAGCAACAGCAAAAGUGCUGGCGAAAGAAACUCUCCCCCUGUGCCGCACCUGGAGUGCCAGGGCCGUGCACAGAGCAUCUACAGAGAUGACAUAGGCAUCCCCCCCAGGGACCAUGACUCUGACGCCAAAAUGAGGAUCAACAACCACGUCUUAGUUCUUGUGGAAACACAAUAUUCACGGCUUGGUCAGGAAAUUGUGGCCAUCUUGGAAGCAGCCAGAAUAAAAUUCCGUGUGGAGCCCACAGGGAAGUCCUUGCCUUAUCUGACGCAUAUGGACAAAGGCAAGUUUGGAGUGAUUGUCUUUGAGAACUUGGAGGCCUACACCAACAUGGACAAGUGGAAUCGCCAGCUCUUGGACAAGUAUUGUAAAGAAUACCACGUGGGUAUGAUCAUCUUUGCACCUUCCAAAGAAGAUGGUAUUCUCAGCUCCCAGGUGGAAGGGUUCCAGUUGUACAUACACACAAACCUAGUUUUAAAAGACUACAAAAUAAACCCGCACUCUAACAUUCUGCGCUUAACACGAGCUGGAGAGACAUGGCAGGGGGAUCUGCCAGAUGAGGACUGGACAGUAUUUAUCGCCAAUCAUUCAACUUACCAACCUCUGGCUUAUGCUAGUAUUCGUAUGACAGACCAUUAUUCCUAUGACAGCGUUGGGGAAGACGUGAAGCAGGUGGUUGUUCUACAAGAUCUGGGGCUCUGCGAUGGAAUACAGAGAGUUUUCUUUGGGAAUGGGUUUAAAUUCUGGCUACACAGGCUUUUAUUUUUGGAUAGUUUAUCCUAUCUCUCCCAUGGCAAGCUGAGCCUGCCUCUAGAAAGGUACAUACUUCUGGAUGUUGAUGACAUCUUUGUGGGCAGGAACGGGAUUCGGAUGCAUGCUGAUGAUGUAGAGGCUAUGGUACUGUUCCAAGAGCGAUGGCAGAAGCAGAUCCCUAAUUUCCAUUUUAAUCUGGGGUUUUCUGCUAAAUACUUCCAUCAUGGAACACCAGAGGAAGAUCUUGGAGAUGACAGGCUACUUGAGCACAAGUCUAAGUUUUGGUGGUUUGAUCACAUGUGGCAGCACACACAGCCGCAUAAGUAUAGCAAUCAGUCCCACCUUGAAGCAGACAUGGCCAAAAAUUGCAAGUUUGCUCAGGAGCGAGGUAUUCCAGUUGAGUGGAAUUAUGCCAUAGCACCACACCACUCUGGCGUGUACCCCAUCCAUGAGCAGCUGUAUGAGGCCUGGAAGAAAAUCUGGAACAUCAAGGUGACCAGCACAGAGGAGUACCCUCAUCUUAAGCCAGCCAGGCACAGGAGGGGAUUCAUACACAGGGGAAUCAAGGUUCUACCACGCCAAACCUGUGGGUUAUUUACGCACACGUUGUUUCUGAACCAGUACCCUGGUGGCAGACAGAGGCUUGAAAACAGUAUCAGAGGAGGGGACCUUUUCCAGACAAUCGUCAUUAAUCCAAUCAAUAUAUUUAUGACUCAUAUGUCCAAUUAUGGCAGUGACCGCCUGGCCCUUUACACCUUUGAGAGCGUGUUUAAGUUUGUGCAGUGUUGGACCAAUCUCAAGCUUCUCAGUGCCCCGCCCACUGUGCUGGCUGAAAAAUACUUCAGUAUGUAUCCUGAGGAGGCGGAUCCUUUCUGGCAGAAUCCUUGCGAGGAUCCACGUCACAGAGAAAUCUGGUUUAAGAACAAGACUUGCGAUCGCUUGCCAAGGUUUUUAGUUAUUGGGCCACAGAAAACAGGUACCACCGCCCUUUAUUCUUUCCUGUCUAUGCAUCCUGCCAUUACCAGCAAUGCUUGGAGCCCAGAAACAUUCGAGGAGGUUCAGUUUUUCAGUGGAAACAAUUAUUACAAGGGACUAGACUGGUAUAUGCAGUUCUUCCCUCCACCAGUCCCAGGCACAAAUAUAUCUCAGAAUUACCUUUUUGAAAAGAGUGCCAGUUAUUUUGAUAAAGAACGUGUCCCCAUGCGGGCACAUGCUUUAUUACCAAAGUCCAAGCUGAUCUGUAUACUCAUCAGCCCAGUAAAAAGGGCCUAUUCCUGGUAUCAGCAUAUGCGAGCCCACAAUGACAGCACAGCAUUAAGAUACUCAUUCUACGAGGUUGUGACAGCCAAAGAUGAUGCCCCCAAGGCUUUACGCGACCAACGCAACAGAUGUCUGGUCCCAGGGAUGUAUGCACAACAUAUCGAUAGGUGGCUGCAGUAUUAUAAUGUUAAUCAGUUACUUAUUCUGGAUGGUGAACUGCUGAAGACCAACCCUGUGAUAAUCAUGCAUAAAGUCCAGAGGUUCUUGCAUAUAGAACCGUAUUUUGAUUACUCAAUGCAUUUAAGAUAUGAUUCAAAGAAGGGUUUUUACUGUCAGGUUGUUAAUGGGGAUCACACCAAAUGCCUGGGGAGGAGCAAAGGGAGAAAGUACCCUCCCAUGGACUCUGAAUCUGAAAAAUUUUUGCAGCAGUAUUAUAAAAGACAUAAUGUAGCAUUGUCCAAAAUGCUUCACAGGCUUGGUUUAGAGACUCCUAGCUGGCUAGAGGAAGACUUACGAAACUUUGAAUAACUAUAUGGUUACUAGUCUAAUAUGGUGUCAAGAAUUGUAUGGUUACUGGUUAUAAAUAUAGAGGGCAGCACAAGCACUGGCAUGUUAGACAGUGGGACUGUUGCCUCAGUUUUGUAUGACAGGUAUUUGGAAGUUUGUAGGAAAGGUAUCAAGAAGCGAGAAAAUAUAUAUGAUAUGAUAUUAUGACAAAAGGGACAUUAUGCAAAUGUAGGUUUCACCUGCAUGUGUUAGGAAGAACAGCAAUCAUAAAAAGACAAACAAACAAAACUAACAAGGGAGUGUAAAUCUACAGUUGUAUGUUUUUAGUUGUGCCACCAUCUUGAUGUUUGGUGGCACUAUGGAUUUUGCACAGUCCCACUUCAUCUAAGCCACCAUCUAUGUCCAAGUCUGAUUUUUGUGAUUGCAGUAACUCUGAAAAAUUUCAUUUCAAAAAGGUGAAUGACUGUGGUUGAUCCUAAAGGGAUUUUUUCCCAAACAUUAGUGCAAUGACUUAGAUCUGUAUCCAAUUAUGCCUAGCAAAAUUCUCAGUAUCUCACCUACAGGGAUGUGUAGGGAAUUAUGUUUGAGUCCUAGAAAAACCCAAGCUAAUUGCAACCUUCAUCCUUAAUUUUUGUUAUUUUCAUGAAAUGGUACAGAACUUACAUGCUUUGAAGAUGUUAAGAUGCAUAUUUGCAUGUUGCCAAUAUUAGAACCUGUAUAUCUAGGUAAUUUGAAAGGAUACAGGCUAUGUUCACUAGUGUAUAGUAAAACUGGCAUGUUAAGAGAAGUCAAAUAUGGUCUCCACUUGGAAAUCUGAAACAACAGUCAUUGUGAUUUAUAGUGGCUGUAAUGGUUUUAAGGGUCAUUUGGUGCGUUUUCAGAGAUGAACACACAUUAAAAGUUAAUGGUCCACAUUUUGUGAUAUCUUUAUCUUUUUUGGAGUUGCUAUUUAAAAAUUCCAAUGACACAGGUGUAUAUUUUAAGUUUUAGGGGGGAAUAUCUUUAUUAUCACAAAGAAUGGCAUACCAUUACUAUUAAAAUUGAAUUGAAAGUGAUAAGCCAGUCAUGGAAUUUUCCUUGACUUGUUUUUUACUUGACCUUGACACCUUCUUUUAAGGGUGAAAUUUGAAUAGUGGCCAGUUUUGUAAUGCAUUUGUGUGUAUUUAGUUGAUUUUUAAUCAAUUUUUAUUUAGAUUCCAGACAAUAUAUUUAGUAAGUGGGUGUGUGUGUGAGGGGGGGGGAUAAGACAUCAGAGAUACACAGUUUUAUGUGUGGGCACUGUUAUGUGCACACAUUCCACUUGACGAUCACAAAAACAGUAGCAGCCACCUCACAUUUAAUAAAGGCCACGUAAACAAUGCAUUUUCAAAACUUAGGUUCUGUUUGAUCUCGGGUUUGGUAAAUGCCUGUAUACUGUAAUCUACAAGAUCUUGUUAAUCUUAGUCACACUGGCAUAUAGCAAUUGCCUACUUGUAUAAGUGUUGGGGCCAAAACUAUAACACCACACAGAUCUUAUUACCACAGUUUCUUUAAACCAGUGUCACAGUUUUUCUCUAAGCACCAUGGGGAAUUACAUAUGGGGCUGUAACAAUACAGGUUUGAACGUGGACAUGAUCAAGAGUGUAGCUUUAAAAGUUAUACUUUUUUGUUAUAUUCUGAACACUGCCAGAUAUUAGGCUUACUUUUUGUGAGAUAGGUUGACUCAGAUUUGUGUCAGUCUUUGUUAAAGACUGGUAUUUAAGUUCUGAUGUGAGACGGGGCCCAGGUUUGGAAAAUUCAUCUACUUCUCAAGGUCAUAGUGGUGAACUGGAUUCCUUUGGGAUUGGUGUUUCCAUAACUAAGGCUAUAGUUAAUUCUACAGUAAUAGCAACAGUAUGUGCUUGUGUAAAGUUUAAGUUGUUAAUUGUCCCACAUAUGUUAACUUGACUUGUGCCUAACUUAGAAGGUGGUGAAAUGAUGCAGGUGAAUGUUAUGUUUGGCUUUAUUGAGGUUUGAAAUGGUCUAUUGAAAUACAUUGAUAUUAGUAUGCAGCACUAUUUAUUUUUAUUAUUAUCAGUAUUUUUAUGCUUUCUUUAAAAAGUAUAGAUAAUUUUACAAUUUGGUAGUUGAACCACUUAAAAGGCAAUAUUGUGGCUGGUGGUACAUACCCAAUGGGCUCCUAGUUCUCAUGGGUCCUGCACCUCUACUUGUGUGUUGAUUGUGUAUUUGUCAGCUUUCUUGUGUAGUUAUGAUGUUUUCUGCAAAGGAAUUAUGAAGUCUUCCAAAAUCACUGCAAGUCCCAGUAAGAUAAUUAUAAUUCACAAAUACAUUGGCUUUGAUUUUUGUAUGCAAAUGUCUGAUAAUUUGUACAUAGCAGUACUGUAACUGUUUAGGGAAAGUGUGAUUUCCCUUGUUUUUAUGAGCUAU